UUCCCAGCUCAAGGCAAAAUUUUGGCCUCGUCCAGUGUAGUCAACAUUAUUGGUGCUGAAAUUCAAUACCUUUUUCCUAUAUGAAAAAAACCGAUGGCCAUUGUUUACAGCCAUUUCUCUCUCCCUCUUCAGCCUCCACCUUUGAAGGAGCGACUAUUUCGCACAUGAGGCCCCACUUGUUCUUAUGAGAGCUCUUUCAUGUGGUUUUCUCCUUUUUGGUUGUGCUGAUAGGGGCGUUGUUGCUUUUCAUUGGGGAAGCUGUAUAAGGUAUGAAACUGCCAGUGAGAGAACGAACCUACAAACACUGGCUUGUUAUGGAUUGAACUGUUUGGUGUAUCAUCAUUUUGAGCUCGCUUAUAUAAAACGAAUGGGACGCAAUCAACAGGCAGGUGUACGACAAAGCUUAGAAAUGGUAAGUAUUGGGCGGUCCAGAAUGAAGAAAACAAGCAACAUUCAAAUAGCGUGGAAAGUGGUCAUGAAAAACCAAUGGAAAAAGAGCAUCAGGCAUCGCUCCCCAAGUCACGGUGCUUUUGUUCAUUUUGCCACAGACCCAUUUUUAAGGCCCUCUUUUUUUUCUUUUUAUUUCUUUUCUUUCUUUUCUCUUUUGACACUCCAUUCCCCCAAUCCCUUUCUUUCAAAAUGUCUGAUCAAAGAGCAAGACUCCAAGCUUUAGCUGCUAAAAGAAAGAAUCAAGCUCGCGACGACAACAAGGAUACUUCUGUUACCACCAAACGAACCAAGGUGGCUGAUCGGUAAGACGCGAUCAUGUCGAAUUCCCCCUAAUUUCCUUCAUUCACUCGUUUUGUC